AUGUUUGCGGCGGCAGAUGGUUGUUACACAGCAAAAGGGUGCAUCAAGUCAGGAGACUUCAAAGGUGCGGCGAGAGCACUAGCAGAGGCCCUCCGCCAGGAUUGGAUAGAGGCAAACAAGUGCGUCGCCGGCACAUUCUUGGACGACAUGGCUGCAUUGGAAUCAGAAAUGAUUGCACUCUACAACAAUGUCUUCCAAGCGAAAGGGCUCCGAUUUGACGCCCUUUUUGUCCACGUCUUCAUUCUCAUGUACCGUGACGAUAUUGAAGAGGCUAACAAACUCAUCAACUUAGCGAAAUGCGAAGUUCCAGAAGACCCUGACAUUCUUUGGAUACAGUGCAUUGUGAAAAACCUUCUUGGUUGUCCUGGUAAGGCAGCUGACUCCAUCCGGCAGGCCCAAGCUCAGAAUGAAUGGUGCAGUAUGACCAUGUACUGCCUCAUGAUUCAAGCCAAACGACUUGAAUUCUCGGAGAAUUGCUCACAAGAAGAAGUGGCAGACGAGCUGUUCGAUGAGAUAGUCCAGCAAGCGGAAAAGGACUCUGAACACUACGCAAGAGUCUGCUACUGUGUAGCCCUGCGAUAUGCUUUGUGUGGCCCGCGCUACAUGGGCAAAGCGAAACGGUUCUUGGAUGCCGCCGAGCAAGCGGACAGAGACCGCCUCCCCAUUUUUGAGGACAAGGAUGUUUCAUCCUUGCGAACCUUUGCCAAGGAUCUGAUUGGCAAGUACGAACCAUGUGGCAAUCCCGACUGCGCCGAUCAUGCUCUGUGGGACUGCGAUUGUUGUUUUCAAGUGAGUUAUUGCAGUAAAGAGUGCCAGAGAAAGCACUGGGAUCAGCACCAUCAGUGUUGCAAUUUUGCACCCUGCAAACGCACGAAAAAGCGCCCCACCACCUGGCCGGAAGGGUAG